CCCUCUGUACAUGCGUCCAGCCUGCCUUCAGUUGAAGCAAGAAUGUCAAACAUUAUAAACCCAGAGCCCCAUCAUUUUGUUAUAUUUCCAUUCAUUUUCAUGUAAUUUUAGUUGAAAUUCUGUUUCAUGCUUUCAAACUUCUUCAUUGUGUCCAUUUAAUGUUUUGUAGCUGACAAACUGCUGAAUUUAGCUUAGUGAAGGUCGCCAACUGAGCGCAGUUAAGCCUCUAAUGGUUAUUUUCUGUUGAUGUUGCUGGCAUGGAAAGCACCCUGGAAGAAUGCAAUUCAAGAUUACGUCUCGUGUCGGGAGAAAUGGACAGCAGCAGUUUCAUUCAGUUUGAUGUGCCCGAGCACAGCAGCACCGUUCUGAGCCAACUAAACGAGCUCCGCCUGCAGGGGAAGCUAUGUGACAUUAUCGUCCACAUUCAGGGCCAGCCCUUCCGAGCCCACAAAGCCGUCCUCGCAGCCAGCUCCCCGUAUUUCCGGGACCAUUCAGCACUGAGCACUAUGAGUGGCUUGUCAAUAUCCGUGAUUAAGAACCCCAGCGUGUUUGAGCAGUUGCUCUCCUUCUGUUACACUGGAAGAAUGUCCUUGCAGCUGAAGGAUGUUGUCAGUUUUCUGACCGCAGCCAGCUUUCUUCAGAUGCAGUGUGUCAUUGACAAGUGCACACAGAUCCUAGAGAGCAUCCACUCAAAGAUCAGUGUGGGAGACGUUGAUUCUGUUACCAUUGGUGCUGAAGAGACUCCUGAGAGCCGGAAUGGGGUGAAAGACGGCAGCUUCUUCACCAGUCCUGUUGAAAUCUCCCCUCCGUACUGCCCUCAGGUACGGCAGCCUCCAGUCAGCAGUGAUCUCCGCAUGGAGACCACCCCCAACAAAGCCCUUCGGAGCCGCUUGCAGGAAGAGGGGCACUCAGAUCGGGGGAGCAGUGGGAGCGUGUCUGAGUAUGAGGUUCAGAUAGAAGGGGACCAUGAGCAAGGGGACUUGUUGGUGAGAGAGAGCCAGAUCACCGAGGUCAAAGUGAAGAUGGAAAAGUCUGACCGGCCCAGCUGCUCCGACAGCUCUUCCCUGGGUGAUGAUGGCUACCACACGGAGAUGGUUGAUGGGGAACAAGUUGUGGCCGUGAAUGUGGGCGCCUACGGCUCUGUGCUCCAGCACGCCUAUCCCUACUCCCAGGCAGCUUCACAGCCUUCCAGUGUGCCAGAAGCUUUUGGAGGUCAGACCAAUUCCAGUCCAUCCAGGUCCAUGCUGAGCUGCUUCCGAGGCCGAGGGGCCCGCCAGAAGCGGGCUCUGUCUGUUCACCUGCACAGUGACCUGCAGGGUGUGGUGCAGGGGUCUGACAGUGAAGCCAUGAUGAACAAUCCCGGUUAUGAGAGCAGUCCCCGGGAGAGGAGUGCCAGAGGGUACUGGUACCCAUACAACGAGAGGUUGAUCUGUAUUUACUGUGGGAAGUCCUUUAACCAGAAGGGAAGCCUCGACAGGCACAUGCGGCUGCACAUGGGCAUCACCCCCUUUGUGUGCAAGUUCUGUGGGAAGAAGUACACGCGCAAGGACCAGCUGGAGUAUCACAUCCGGGGCCACACCGAUGACAAACCGUUCCGAUGUGAGGUCUGUGGGAAGUGCUUUCCAUUCCAGGGCACCCUCAACCAGCACCUGCGGAAAAACCACCCAGGGGUCACCGAGGGCCGGGGUCGCAUGGAGUCCCCCGAAAGAACAGAUGUAUAUGGGGAACAGAAACUUGAAAGUGAUGUGUCAGCCUCAGAGAUGGCGCUAGAUUCCCGCCUGGAAAUCCACACAGUGUCUGAUGCGCCUGACUAGGACCCGAGCAAAGCACAUCAGUCAGUGCAUCGUCGUGAUUUGCUUUGUUGUAAUCUUUGCUUUCCCCACCAAAUCUCUCGGUUUUUCGCUAGUUUCUCUGAAAGUUCUGUGGGGUACUUCUUGUGUUUACUCUCCCCUCCAUUCCUCUCCCCCAAGGAGCUCAAAGCAUGAAGGGCAGUGUAUCCAGGGAAAACACAGGCUGACAAUAUUCCUCUUUGGCUAAAUGCUUCUCCCAACUCUGCCAGUGAUUCAGCUAUGCCAACUGAUUGACCCCACAUGCUCUGCAGGGGCCGCACUCACUGUAGGUGCUAGCCCGGGUGCAUUUUCACGGUGAGAGGCUAGGAUGCCGUCAGCUGGUACAAAUGGGUAACCUUUUCUAAUUUAAAAUUACUUUUAGGGGGUAGUUAGACAAUUUAUAUAUAUAUAUAAUAAAGUGGUUAUUAUAUAUAUAGUAUAUAUACAUUCUCAAAUUUGAGUUUAUUCUGGUUGAGGUGAAUGUAAGAGGAAUAUAUAAUUUAAUACAAUGUGAACAGAGCUCUGGCUUUGUUUCAGCCCCUCCUACUAUGUUAGUUUUAACCCUUCGUUUCCCUUACAGAAGAAUGUCAGUAGACUUUCAUAUAUAGUAAUCAUUGUGUCCAAAUGCAAGCAAAGCAAAUCACAGUGUUCGUAGCUCUGCUUCAUAACAAACACAUAAACCAAAUGCCAUAAAUAAGGUUCCUUCAACUGUAGUGGGAAACCAUUUUGGAAUUUUUGUUUGUUGUCCAGGUACACUGGACAACCUGUGGUGCUGACCUUUCUACACAGUGUAGUGUUACAUUAGCCAGCCCCAAAGGAACAGUGGUUUUCAAGGUUUUUACUGGCUUACAACUCUACCUUCAUUCCGUACUGUAGACGCAUACAUACCAGGUAACUAAAUCGCUCCACCUUGAGUUAGUUCUCUGACUAAAGGACAGGAAUUUGUAGAGCUUGUCUACAAAAUUCUCCAAGCAGUGUUGUGGUUUUGUUAUUUUUGUUAUUUCCUUUUGGUUCUCUCUCUCUCUCUCUCUCUCUCUCUCUCCUCAAAAACAGCCAGUUCAGGUGCACAGCAACUUUUCUAUGCAGUUCCCAGGGAAACUGCAGACCUUGGAAUUUGUACUUUUUGUAAAGCUAUAUACUCUACGGGAAUUGCAAGCAAUAUAUCUAUCUUAGUAUUGUGUGUGCUAGUGAGAGCCCCAGUGGCUCCCUCACUCUCAGUGUUUCCUGCUUAAAGAAAAAAGUCAGAACUCUCGAAGAUCCUCUGUGUGUUACCAGAUCUGUGUAUGUCUCACCAUUUUUGGUCAUGUGGUGCUAUUUUUAUGUUAAGUAUAGGUCAGUAUCGGUCUAGAAAAUGUGAAACCUACCAGUAGUAAUGACUUAGUUACUUUCCUCUCAAGUUCACAGCUUGAAAAGAAACCUCAAAAGCAUGUGCUGGCAAACUGCUUACUGUCUGAGCUGUGUCUGGUCAGUGCUUUGGAGAAUGUCUGUUUGCCGUUAGAUUCAUACACAGCAACAAGCUUCGCAGAUGGCUCUGGUGCUGUGGAUCAGGCAGAGAGCAGUUCAGGGAGCCGCUGAGGGGCCAGUCAUACAGCUGGCCGCCGGGAGUCAGCAGCUCCGCUCUCCGCCUGAGACCUGAGCUCUGAGACCUGGACUCAAACAAACAGAAACCCAGAAUCUGAGGCCCAACCUCAAAGGCUAGGAGCUAAGGAAUACUUUAAGAUGUUUGCUGGUUUGCCAUGCUUUUUUGGCUCUUAAGAUACCAAGAAUGAUGGGUUUGGGGGGAAAUUUUUUGUUGGUUUUGUUUGUUUGUUUGUUUGUUUUUGAGAAAAAGUUUGAUUCCAGCUCUAUGUGUGUAGCAGCAGCCCCAGCGGCGGCUCAGUAGCCCCUCCUUAGCACACAGGAUCUGCUCAUAUGUGAACGCCUCACCUCAGUGUUAACUCCUGUAGAUGACUAAUCCCGCUGCUCCCAGGAGCCGCUCUUGCUAAUCGGGUAUACGGUAUGCCUUUUCCUCGUCAAACUGCCUAAGUCGGGGUUUGUCCUCUCCCUGAAGCAUUUGUUCAGCGGAGAAAGCUGAACGCCUCAGGGGAGGCUGGGCCCCAAGUGUUUACCUACUUAAGUGUGUUCUGAGGUUUCAGGUAAAUGUCUGUGAUUUUCUCAUUUUCCUUACAUGAAUGCGUUUGGUUCUGAUUUUUUUUUUUUAAAUUAAAUGCAAAAACUUUUUUUUUUUCAUGUUGUGUUAUCAAUUAAGUUUGUGACAAGAAAGGCCCUAAAUCUAAGGAUGUGAGAUGUCGAGCUCAGGGAAGGAGCCUCCUUUUUACUUAGGCCUGGGGCCUUCUGAGAUGCUUCCAGAGCUUUCUGUGGUGAGCAUAGUACACUUGGGCAGCUCGUCCAUGUCCUGGGCCUUGUCACUGUCUGUCAGAACUCAUAGACACGGAGUUCUUGUAUUUGUCAACUUGUUUAGCUGGUUUGAGUUUACCAAAGAGUGACUUAUCCAAAAUUGUCUUUGACAAAAAUAUACAUUGCUUUGAUUGUACAGUUCAGGUUCAAACAUUGUAAUGGGACUGGUAUAGGGCAGAAAACCGACUUGAGUUUAAUUGAUCAUGAUUCCGCAUCUGACAAAUUGCGCUUGCUCCCAUUCGUGUUGCUGACACUUUACCCUCUCCACUGAUAGCAGUGUUAAGAAUGAAUUCUCAAGCCAUAACACAGUACUGUAAAGUUCACAGGGCUUCGAGGGAGGCAGCGCCCAGGCCAGCACAGUGCUGCAUAGCCUGUCUGCAGUCACCAUGGGGCAGCAGCCGUUCAUUGUGCUUAGCCACAUGAGGAUGUGCCAGGAGAGGCAGCGUGGCCACCUAGCAGGCCUCUCUCCCUGAAGCUUACUGUGUAACUCCUUGUGGACAGCAAACCUGUCCCUGUACAGUAGUAGGUUAGGUCUCUCACUAUAGCUGGUGCACAAGUCCACUAAGAUAAACAAUAUGUGAAGACAUCUUUUACAGUGAAGUAUGUCCUGCCUUCCUACAGGCCUGUGCGUGAUCGAGUCUCUUCUCAGCUACCUUUCCAUGUUAGACAAUGUGAAGACAGCCACAGCGCCCGCCCUUCCCUGCGACAUUAGUACCAUUGCACAAACUGUGAAGACGUUUUAUACUUUUGCUAACACUUGUGGUUUUCAAUCUUUGUUUGUUCUCAUCAGUACUCUGCCCUCUUGUUUCUACUAAAGCUGUAAAUACAUUUAGAAACCAUUUGUAAAUACAGUUACACAGAUGAGUUCAUCUUCCUGGUCAGUGGGAAAGCCUCCCGAUCAAUCGGCUCUGCCGUGGCAGGUUCUCUCUCUCUCUCUCUCUCUCUCUCUCUCUCUCUCUCUCUCUCUCUCUCUCUCUCUCGUGUGUGUGUGUGUGUGUGUGUGUGUGUGUGUGUGUGUGUUUAAACAGCAGAAAGGAUACUGUCAGUUCACUGUUAUGCAGAAUAUACUGUAGAACUAAGGUGGUAAUUUUUAAAUCUCCCAGAGGUCUAUAAGUAUAUAUGCCUCCUCUAAUGAUGGCAAGUCUAACCUGCCUCCAUGUGUGUGUGUGUGUGUGUGUGUGUGUGUGUGUGUCUGUGUCUGUGUGUCUGUGUGUCUGUGUGUUUUAACAGCCCGGAUUCUAGGGAGAAUCCGCAAGAACACAAAGCAAGGGCUAGGGGACAUGUCCGUGUGAACAGACUCUGCCUCGGGCUGCUGUGUUUUCCUUUAAGCUUCCCACUUGUUACUGCUCUGUUUUUGUAGUUACCAUUGUUCUUAGAUUCUAUAAUGGUUUCCUGUGAAGCCUCCACUGAAAGGGACUCAAAUAUGCAACAUCUAAACUAUUUUCCAAGGGCUCAUGCCCCUCGAAUGGUGCUUCUAGCCUGGUCAGGGUUAUUUAUUAAAUUUUAUAUAUGAAAGUACUGGGGAAUUAUGUAAACUCUUUUUACGAGACUAUCUAGUUCUUACAUCAUAGAUUUCAUAUACUCAGUGCAGCUGAACUGAACGUUCAGAGAAGUCAUUCACUUUGCUCUAGAUUUGUAAUGGUCGUCACACACAUUGUCUUCAGUAAGUGCCAGAGUUCCCACUGUUCCUGCCAGGGCUUGCUAACUCCAGGUGCCCCCUGGGUCUGGCACAGACAGGGCUAUUGCUGCUCCUGCUUAGCUCCUGGAGCAAGCUUUGCUCACUGCCCUGAGUGGCAGAUUGAGCAUACAAAUCUCUCACUGCCCUUCAGUGACAAGCAUGCUGUGAAUGCGGCCUCAGGACUUGGAGAACAAACUCCAGGCUGCUGCCCUGACUAGAGCAAGAGGUAAACUCACCUGCCUCCCCUGAGAACGACCAUUUUCCUAAUGUGAAACCACCUCUUACCACUUUAGCAGUAGGGCUAACAGUCUUCUGUUACAAAUGGCUGAGCAAUGUGAAUGACUUCACAUGGUGUCAUUAUCUUGCAAUAUAAACUGGUAACCUCAACGCCACACUUCAUCACCACGUGAAGUAAAUGAAGCUAGCUAAGCGGAUGCUGUAUCAAGUAGUAACUUGCCAUUAAGGUUAUUUUAUAGCAUGAAUUGAAGACUAUUUAUUCAAAUGAUAUUUUACUCAUAUUCAUUUUGCUUUAGGUUUGUGACAUGAAUAUUUCAGUGCUGCUUCAUUUCGUUCUGAAUUCUUGUUUCUUGCUUGUAAAUGGCUUUUUUAUGGUAAUAAAUUCAAUGGAGAUUGCUGUUUGUAAAUAAAAAUGCUGCUAGA